ACUCACACCCAGACUCAGACUCAGGCUGCAGAGGAAAGGACUGAACUGAGUUUCAACACAGCGGCAACAUGAAAUCUGUCAGUAAGCGACUCUGGUUGUUCAUGUCUCUUCAUUGCUUCCUGGUCGGCAGUGUAGUUGACUCGGCUUCGCUGUCCUCUGCCGCCCACUUCCUGUCCGUCUCCUCCACGGUGGGGCAGCAGGUGGUCCUUCCCUGCAGCUGGAAGUCCCGCCUGAAUGACGCCGCUCCGCCCGCCUGCCACAUCCAGUGGAGGACGCUGGUCAACAAGGUGUUCGAGCAGCGGGGGGGGCAGAGGUGGCAGGCGGGGCAGUUCGAGGGUCGGGUGGAGGUUCCCGAGGAGAAGCUGGGGUCCGGAGAUUGUUCUCUGAUCAUCAACGACGUUCAGAUUAAAGACACGGGAAGAUAUGAGAGCUACAUGCUGGUGGACGGAGAGAGGGACGAAAAAACCAGAGUCUUCAUCCAGAGCGUCAAGCUGUCUGUGUUCGAUCACAAGUCUCUUCAGUCUCGAGCACCCGGUGAAGAUCUGGUUCUGGAUCUGCACACCAAUCACUCAAUGAGAGUCCUCUUCCAGGACAGAAACAGCUCAGACUGGUCGGUCCUGUGGAUGAGGGAAGACGAGAACAGUCAACGUCUGCAGAAACAUCCAGUUAACAAUCAGCUGACGAUUAAAAGUUUAACCAGAUCAGACGAAGGAAUUUAUAAAGUUCUGGAUGAACACGGCCUCGCUGUCAGCACCGUGCAGCUCUCUGUGGACGAAAACUCAAAGUCUCAGAGAUUUCAGACCGAACAUAAACAACUACUAGCAGACGGAGCCUCCAGCAGCAGCAGCAGCAGCAGCAGCUUCUCGGCUCUUCUCAUCUCGUCUCUUCUCGUUCUGAAUCAUUUCCUCUGAGACUAAACUUCACACUGAAACAUCAAUAACGGUCCAACACAACAUGUACAAUAUGUGAAUUUUACUCUUUGUAUUUUACCACCUGUGUGUGUGUGUGUGUGUGUGUGUGUGUGUGUGUGUGUGUGUGUGUGUGUGUGUGUGUGUGUGUGUGUGUGUGUGUGUGUGUGUGUGUGUGAGCAGAACCAUCAAUGAACCAGCUGAGCAGUGAGUGAAGAUGUAAAUAGUAAUGACAUGUAUAUUUUAUUUCUUGGUGAGAUGAGAACUAUGACAUCACUCUCUUAUUAUUUUAUAUUAAAAUAUGAAAGUGGAGCCACGAGACUUUUAUCAUCAACAUCUGACGAGGCUCCAGAAACCCUCUUUAAACACUCACUAAUUAUAGCGAGCUGGAUCUCAUUUAACCUUCCUGUCGUCCUCCCGGGUCAAAGUGACCCCGUCUGCUUUGACUGUUCCUUCUUUCCUUCCUUCCUUCCUUCUGUCUGUCCUUCCUCCUUUCCUUCCUUCCUUCCUCCCUUCCUUCUUUCCUUCCUUCUUCCUCCCUCCCGCCUACCUUCCUUCCUUCUUUCCUCCAUCCUUCAUUCCUUCCUUUCCCCCUCCCUUCCUUCAUCCUACCUUCCUUCCUUCCUUCUUUCUUCCUACCUUCCUUCCUUCCUUCUUUCCUCCGUCCUUCAUUCCUUCCUCCCUUCUUUCUUUC